GUUAGUUAAUUAAUUCUUAAGGAUCACAUUAAAUUCAUCUUAAUCGUGAUUUGUUGUUUUCUCUUACUGAGGUGAGAACUCGUGCCAAUUAUUUGCUGUUAAAUGCAUCACAAUGGCUCGCGCGCGUGUCUUCUAAGAGGUUAAGUUUCUUUUGUUUAACUAUUCAUACACCGCUGUCGAUGAAACUUUAAUUUUAUGUAAGUUAAAAAUGAUGAUAGAAUUGAAAUAAAAUUUCGGUAAAGGAUGCGGUUGACUCCGAUAACUCGAACCCUCGCUAACUCGAACCAAGGUCGAUUUCCCCUGGAUUUCAGUCUCACAUUUACUGUAAUGUAAGAACACUCCCGCUAACUCUAAGUAAUUUUUGUUUCCCUUCAGAACAUUUCUAGACAAUUUUACCCUCGAUAACUCGAACCAUGUUAUAAACGCGUGACAAGUCGGGAAACGAAAUCUUAUAAUUAAAGCCGCACCGUGAUUGCCGUAUCAAAAGCUUCAUAUCUUUUUACGGCAACAGGAUUAAGGAGUAUAAAUUACAGAUAUUGCUCGUGGUUUAUGGAUACAAUCGAACUCUAAAAUGUGAACUAACAUACCCAGCGAAUUCGGCAUGUUUGCGAAAUCGAAUGUCACGCCGGAAUUCGAACUCGACAAGUAGCGCCGAAAACCGGCGUAAACCGUGACAGGUUUCUCUCGCUGUUUAAUCUAAAACCACUUUACAUCGUGGUACUUUAUUUUAUUUUCUGUGUUGUGGUCAAAAAUCGACAAACAGAUUAAUCCGACAAACAUAAGCUCUCGCCAUUGUGUGAAUAGUUCCCCCAUCGUUCCGCAAUGCAUAGUGAAAUUAACAUACGCAACAUUAUGUAAAUAGUUCUGAAAAUACUUUCAUCCAUAUUCCUAUCGCUAGUCUGUACUCUGAUAACAUUUACACAUUUAGAAAAUAGAUAUAACGUAUGUGGAACGAAGUGACUAUUUUGUGGAACGAACUGACUAUUUUGUGGAACGAUCUGACUACUGAUUGGAACGAUCUGACUUGGAACGAUCUGACCAUGGAACGAAAUGACCGGAUACCCUUGCGGAUGCACCUUUUAUCACACUCACCGCGACCGCUACGCCGAAAACAAAAGCGAAAAUAUUCGAACUUUUGGAGUUGAGAGAACCCAAGGAAAUUGUAGAAAGUCCAAACAAACCUAAUGUGCGCUAUGCAAUUCAAAAACUUAGGAACUCUCUACCGGGACUCUGUAAAGUGCGGAUCCGGACGGCGGAUCCGGACGGCGGAUGCGGACGGCGGACGGCGGACGGCGGACAAUAAUAAUUUUAAAAAAUAAAAAUAAAUAAAAUAGACGUAAAUAAUAAAUAAUGAGAAAAAAAAAGACUGAAUAAUGAGAAAAAGAUGUAAAUUUUUGUAAACUUUAGAGAAAUAAGAAAUAUUCACUAGCAACCCGGAGUGCUCUUGUGUGUAUCAACUGUUGGUGUUCCAAAAAUCAUUUUCUUUCUUCUAUCCCUUCUUUAAACCUCUUCAAAUUCCAUUUAAAUUCAGCUAUCUAUUUAUUUUAGUUAUUCUUUAGAGGAAUGACUUAAAGGGGCUAUGUCGCGAGGUUUCGCCUAAUUUUAGUAACUUUAAUUUACACUUUUAUCUGUCAAAAUUCUUUUGUCCACUGAUACGAAAGGAACCAGGACUCGAAACGGAACCAGUGGCCACGUACACAAGAGCUAUUGCUUUAUUUUUAUUUAAGUCCAACAAUUUCAUCGCUCUUUUCUCAAGCGAAACAAAAUCAAAAAAAUGUUAGGUUUGUCUGUGGCGGUAAAGAAGUACAAAGCGAAGACUCUGGUACCAUGUUAAUAUGCUGCAGCGUACUAUAUUUAGUCAACAGAGGAGAAGAACCUUCGUCCAACAAACAAACAAAACUUUAUUAAGACGUAUCCAUGUUCAACAGAUUUCUAUCGCUACUCGUACAUAUUGAGAUAUUUAGCCGUCCGUUUUCAGAAUCGGAAAAAUAACCGGGCCAAUGGUGUUGCACUAUAUACGCACAAUACAUAACAAUUCACGGAAGGGCAUAAACUGGAAACAUUUUACUGAGAAAGUCAAGCUGUUGAUCGGUUAGCGAAGAACGUAUAAACCAUGGCAUGCUACAAUGAGAGAAAUAUGGCUGUUUAGCCCUAAUACAGGCACCACUACAAUGAAAAUAUACAUUGCUUUGCUUGCUCCUCAUUUGCCCUCCGUGCUGGAAGCUUCGCAUCAUGUUGGAGGCUACGACUAGAUCAUGAGGAGGAAGCGGAAUCUGCCCUCCCGGUUUAAGGGUGUUAGAACACCCAUAACAUAUGCUCACUUGAGGUGGGCAGAACUUUAAGGGAUAAACAAUAAACUGCCCUGGCAGUGGGGAUGGAUAUGGAACCCGCCCAAGCGCAUUUGAAGGACUUAAAGGAAAUGUCAGGGGCAGCUCUGACGGUUGCGAAACCACUGGUUGCGGAGCUGCGAAGGGCGGAGCUGCUGAAGGGUGGUGGCGCUGCAGAUGGAGAGGGUGGAGGCGCUUUGUAGGCUGGUGGCACUGCGGUGGGAGGUAGUACAGGAGAGGGCGUCGGCGCCAUGGAGGGUGAUGGAGCUUGCUCACUGGCACUUGGUCGAGGCACAAUGUUGACAGCUUGCCCUCUACCACCUUUCCUACGCGACGUUGAAGGUCUCUGGGAUUUUUUGCCAACUGUUGGCGCGCUGUCACAGGUGACGAACUCGUUGUAGUUAAGGUGUGGCUGCUUCUCUUAAACCAAGUGAGAUAAUUCUGUAAUUUACCGCACUUCUCUGCCACGGCUAAAGAAUGUGCACAUAUUUUUGUAGACUUAUAACGAGGACAGUCCUCGCAUGUCACCUUCCCACUUUCUGCUAGUACAACAUAAUGUGGCCUUCCCUUGUCGCUUUCAACCAUAAACGUAUGGGGCUUAAAAGGUAUUUCCACAAUGGAAUCUUUCUUGAGGAGAAGAAUGGAUGCUUGCCGGUACAUCUCUUUUAGGGAAAGAAGAGCUACACCAGCUGCACCUGACUCCUCUGGUCUUACAGACAGCUCUGGAGGGCUGGUAAGGGAAGUGUUCUCUUCCUUGUCAUCGUUUACAUUACCACUGUCAUCCUGCACAUCAACAUUUCUUCCAGGUACUUCUUCCCAGAACUUUUUCAAAUGCCUUUCACGCUGACGAGCAUUCAGGGAAAACCACUUGUCAGGAGACAUUUGUAAGUGAAGGUAGUCGUCUGUGAGAGCAUAUGGACCUCUGUUUAUUACGGCUGAUUCACAGUCCCGUCGCUGCUGCUGAAUUACUUUCUCCAUCUUGUCGUUAAAUUGUGACAUUUCAUUCUUUUGAAAGUCUACUCCCAUUUUAAUAAUUUUAUUUGCUGAUUCUGGCAUGUUGUUAUAAUAUGCUUCUGGAGGAUUUCCUAGGCCUGCAUUCAACCGAAUGGGGCGCAACAUGUUGUCUUGGAUCAUUUUUUCCUGAAAUAAAAUGAGACAAUGUUGUCCUUUAAUUUAAUAGCAUAAGGCGUAAAUUCUCUACAUUUUCCAUAACUAUACAUAAAACAAGGAUUGUCGUACUUCAAAACGUUUUUUCUUUUUUUAAAGUACAAGUCAAGCUCGUGAUUACGUUAAAAAGUUCCAAGUUCCGGAAAACGCAAUAACAAAGGGAUCUCUAGCUGGCUGGUUUAGAAAUGAAAGGCCAGAUGUCCGAUUUCAAUUGCAAUUUGUGUCAUUGGCCAACUGUUACUUACAUUCUAUUUAUACAUGUGACUUUAACCGAAAUCCUUCGUUGACUCAAGUUUAAAAUAAAUCAAUUUCCACUUACCCAGCUAUCGAUGUUUUCUUAGCCUUAGCCUUACUGAUCUCCUUAUUUAGCGCCUUUCGCCACAACCUCCCUAUAAAUAAAGAAACGAAAGAGGGAGCGAAUAAAGCAAGGCUGGAGAAACGCAAAGAAGAAACUUCGUUUGGCACACUUUGGGACAGUACGCAGCUCCAGGUCUAAUGAAAUUAGACUAAAUUAAACUAAUCUAGUAAAGUAGGUUUUGCAAUAACCGGUAUUUACCUGAGCUCUUCCCAGUUGUGGUUUUCUUGUGUCGUUUGAAUAUUGGUGACGAGGUCGUGUCAGGGGGGCAAAAACACUGUAAAUUGUGAAAUAAUGAUUAAUAAAAUGAAUAGCAGUUUGACUAACACUCAAAAACCUUUCUAAUUGUGAAAGAAAACAUGGUAGAAAAUGCGGAGUGUAGUCCCGGGGGACUCCUUAUAAGGGCUUAAUGGGGACGUGCGGCCAGCCAGGGUAUGUUUUUCGGGAUUUUUGUCUUCAACAGGGUAUCGAUUUUAUCAUUUUUGUCUUAAACAGGGUAUCGAUUUUUUCAUUUUUGUGUUAAUCACGGUAUCGAUUUUAUCAACUGUUAAGAGCUCCUCGUGACUCUGUCAAUCAAGCUGUAAAUAGUUUUGUGAUUGCCAAUGGAUUAAAUAAGAAAGAGUUUCGAUAUUUAUUAUUGUCUUACACAGGGUAUAGUUUCGGGUUAAAUGUCUUAAACAGGGUAUCAAAAAUCGGAAUUCUGUCUUAAACAGGGUAGGAAAAUCAGCGAUUUUUGUCUUAAACAGGGUCAGGGUGUGAGGGACCGGGCCGCACCAAGGAUAUAUCGAGUACCCCCGGGAGUGUAGUCAAGUCAAACCAGUAUGUGCGAGCAACUUGAUACCAUAUCUCAGCAAGAAAUGCUCUUUCAUAGUUUGCCUGGUCACGUCCGCACUAAUUGGUUGAAAUACUAUACCAGGUAAAUUUAAGAACAUCUUUAAGAACGUUUCAGCCUCAAAUCGCCAAAAGAACGCUCAGCCUCGGCAUCAAACUUAGACGUUCUUAAAAAAAAGAGUGUAUUCUUGUCUCGCAGAAAUCUCAAGCAGGCGCGUUGCAUUUUGAAUUACAUAGCUCCACCCCUACUGGCAUGAUUGACGGAACAGAAAAACCCCAAAUCCUUCGAACUUUGUAUUCAAGCAAGAUCGCGAUACAAC